UCUUUCUAGAUGCGAGCCACCCCUGCAGCUUCUCCUGUGGGCGCCCCCUCCAGGAAGAAGCGGUUGGAGCUGGACGAUGACCUUGACACAGAAUGUCCCAGCCGGAAACAAGCUCGAAGUGGGUCCCAGCGCAGGCCGCCUGCCUGCCUGCUGCCCCUCAGCGCGGCCCCUGCUCCAGUGCAUGCCCCAGCAGUGACCGCUGCCUCCCAGCUUGGGCCCUAUGUCCUCCUGGAGCCUGAGGACGGUGGCCGGGCCUUCCGCGCCCUGCACUGCCCCACAGGCACAGAGUACACCUGUAAGGUGUACCCGCUGAGCGACGCGCCGGCCGUGCUGGAGCCCUACUCGCGGCUGCCCCCCGCCGGGCGCGUGGCGCGGCCGGCCGAGCUGGUGGCGGGCGCGCGGCACCUCUACGCCUUCUUCCCGCGGCCGCACGGCGACCUGCACAGCCUGGUGCGCCGGCGCCGCCGCCUGCCCGAGCCCGAGGCCGCCGCGCUCUUCCGCCAGAUGGCCGCCACCCUGGCGCACUGCCACCAGCACCGGCUGGUCCUGCGCGACCUCAAGCUGCGCCGCUUCGUCUUCGCCGACGCCGAGCGGACGCAGCUGGUGCUGGAGAACCUGGAAGAUGCCUUUGUGCUGACGGGCCCGGAUGACUCUCUGUGGGACAAGCACGCGUGCCCAGCCUACGUGGGUCCCGAGAUCCUCAGCUCCCGGGCAUCGUACUCUGGCAAGGCGGCGGAUGUCUGGAGCCUGGGCGUGGCGCUCUUCACCAUGCUGGCCGGCCACUACCCUUUCCAGGACACGGAGCCGGCCCUGCUCUUUGGCAAGAUCCGCCGCGGGGCCUUCGCCCUCCCCGACGGCCUCUCGGCCCCUGCUCGCUGCCUGGUCCGCUGCCUCCUUCGGAAGGAGCCGGCUGAGCGGCUCAGCGCCUCUGGCAUCCUGCUGCACCCCUGGCUUCGGGAGGACCCCGUUCCCUCGGUUCCGUCUCGGGCCCCCCUCUGGGAGGCUGACCAGGUGGUCCCGCAUGGGCUGGGGCUGGAGGCCGAGGAAGCGGAAGAAAGAGAAGUGGGUCUCUACGGCUAGGCCCAGCCUCGGGACUCUCAGAUGGCAACUGUGGGGUGAGUGUGGGGUGUCUCUGAGCUUUCUCCCACCUCUCUGAACCGAGCCGAACCUCCUGUGCCUUGGCGGAGGGAGAAUGGAGCACCCCGUGCUGUUCUCACAGCUCUGCCCAGGGCCUGUGGGUGCCACACCUGGCAGCUCGCAGGUCAGGCCUUUCCCUAAGUGCUGGGAAUACAGCCGUGAGCAAGAGAGGCGUGGGCAGCAUGUUUUUUGAGCCGACACCACUUUUCCAUAGUCAUGGGUCAGUGUCUCCACUGAACACACUGGAUACGGGUGUCCGCAUCUCCCCGUGCUGGUCACCUCUGUCGUGGUCGUCUCUGCCUUGGGACAGGCCCUCUCAAACACCCGGCUGCCUUUGGAUCUUGUGCCUUUUCUGAGAAAGGGAAGCAACCCUGUGCCAAACGCACCAACGCCUCCCCGCUGCAGCUAGGACUUCAGAGUCCAGGGCAUGCUGGGAGUUGGGUUCCCGGCAGCUCUGCCCUCUUGGUCAAGGGAUUCUCUGUCCAGGCCUGACAG